CGUAGUAAGCAUGUUCUAGAAGUUAAAGAAACCCGAGUAAGAUGAAACCAAGGGCAUUUAUAGUAAGAUAUAGCUCUAUAAAUACCAACUAGAUUGAGCAAAGUUCUUGCAGUUAAUGAGUUAGGAACCAUGGCCCGUGGUGGAAUGAUCUGGGUUGUUGUAUUUUGGUGCAGCUUGGCUUGUCCCAGUGCAGUACUAGCCGUUGAAGAUGAUGGGCUGUGCUCCUCAGCUUAUGACUACAAAGAUGCACUCAGCAAAGCAAUCUUGUUCUUCGAAGGACAACGCGCUGGGAAACUGCCAGCAAGCCAGCGAGUGAAGUGGAGGGGAGACUCUGCACUCUCUGAUGGCAAGCCUGAUAAUGUAAACUUAACCGGAGGAUACUAUGAUGCUGGUGACAAUGUCAAGUUUGGUUGGCCAAUGGCUUUUAGUGUCAGCUUAUUGAGUUGGACUGCGGUUGAGUUCCAGAAAGAGAUAUCUUCAAUCAACCAGCUCACUUUCCUUCGCAGUGCAAUCCGAUGGGGCACUAAUUUCUUCCUGAGAGCUCACAGUUCAUCAACAACAUUCUACACUCAGGUAGGAGAUGCAAACGCAGAUCACCAGUGUUGGGAACGCCCAGAAGACAUGGACACUCCUCGAACACUCUACAAGAUCACUUCAACUUCACCAGGCUCCGAGGUAGCAGCUGAUACUGCUGCUGCUCUUGCUGCUGCAUCAGUUGUGUUUAAAGAGGUCGAUUCCAACUAUUCUGCGAAGCUAUUACGCAAUUCCAAAUUGCUGUUUCAAUUAGCCGACAAGUAUAGAGGAUCUUACCAGGCUUCGUGCCCUUUCUACUGCUCUUACUCUGGAUAUCAGGAUGAGCUGCUGUGGGCUGCUGCUUGGCUAUACAAGGCAAGUGGAGAAACCAGCUACUUAAACUAUGUCUCAAGCAAUGAAGGAUGGAGUCAGGCUGUGACAGAGUUCAGUUGGGACAACAAAUAUGCUGGAGCUCAGACACUACUAGCAAAGGAAUUUUUUGCUGGGAAGACAAACUUGGGGAAGUUUAAGAGUGAUGCUGACUCAUUUGUGUGUGCAUUUAUGCCUGGGAGUAGUUCCUUGCAAAUCCAAACGACUCCUGGUGGGCUCCUGUACACUAGAGACAGCAGUAAUUUACAGUAUGUUACAAGUGCAUCCAUGGUACUUCUAGUUUACUCCAACAUACUAAAUGCAGCAAAUGUUGGGGGAGUCCAAUGUGGUUCUGUGAAUUUCUCAGCCGCCAAAAUCAAAGCCUUCGCAAAAUCACAGGUGGACUACAUACUAGGGAACAACCCAAUGAAGAUGUCCUACAUGGUGGGCUUUGGCAGCAAAUACCCAACACAGUUGCACCAUAGAGGUGCAUCCAUUCCCUCCAUCCACUAUCGCCCAGCCAAAAUAGACUGCAAUGAAGGCAAAUCAAAUUGGUAUUCUUCAAGCAAUCCAAAUCCAAACACUCAUGUGGGUGCAAUUGUGGGUGGCCCGAAUUCGAACGACGGGUUCAAUGAUUUGAGAUCGGAUUAUUCUCACCUCGAACCCACAACCUACAUGAAUGCAGCGUUUGUUGGAUCAGUUGCUGCUUUGCUAGGCGAAAGCCAAGAGUGUUUGCAGGUUAUGCAGAUUGAGAGAACCCUAACUAUGGAUGAUUAAGUUUAAUAUGGUGCUAGAGGAUAAACGUGGAUGGACCAACCAGAUUGUAUUGUCAAUGUAAUUUGUAUCAAUAAAAUGCAUGCAUGUUUAUGUGGAUAGGUGGUAUAGAAUCUACUCCAUAUGUGACAUGCAUUUGCAAAUAUAAUAAGAAC